GGGGCUUCGGCGCCACUGGUGAGGUGGGACCCCAAGGACCCAAGGGAUAUCCUGGUCCAAUUGGGCCUAUGGGUCUCACUGGAAAAAAAGGAGACAAGGGGUCAAAGGGCUUUGUUGGACUCCAGGGAGAGCUGGGACCUGACGGUGACCAGGGAAACCUCGGGCUGUUUGGACAAUCCGGGACUGGUGGAACGGGUGGCACUCUGGGCGACCCCGGUUUUGAGGGAGAAGAAGGCUCUGCCGGUCCGAUGGGGCCUCAGGGCAUGAAAGGUGUGGAGGGGCUGGCGGGGAGCCAAGGAGAUGCAGGCUACACCGGGUUCCCAGGACCAAUGGGACCACAGGGUGAAAAGGGGGUCAAGGGAGACGUGGGGAUCGCCGGCGUUCCGGGCCGGGACGGGAUGCAAGGCAUGGACGGAGCUGUGGGACUCCAAGGGCUAAGGGGACCCUUUGGAGUUACCGGAGCGAAGGGAGACGUGGGAGACAAGGGCGUUGAAGGACCCCAAGGACACAUUGGCCGAGCCGGACCCAAAGGAGACAAAGGCACAGCCGGGCGUCACGGCAAGCCUGGCAAGCCAGGCCCCAAGGGGAUGCGGGGCUCGAUCGGAGACGCAGGUGAAGAAGGUCCCAUGGGAGACAUUGGCCGCGAUGGGAAGGGAGGACCUCUGGGACCCAAGGGGGACAAGGGCACAUCUGGAGACAAAGGACAGAAAGGGCUGCGGGGCCUCACCGGCCAGAAGGGCGUUCUGGGCCAGCGAGGGUCCCCUGGCUACCCCGGCUCCCGAGGAAUCACGGGGCCGAGAGGAAACCCCGGAGGCAAGGGCCUUGCUGGGCCCCCAGGUCCAGCCGGCCCAUUGGGCUCAAGCCUCAACGACUCGGUGGUGGCGGAGCUGUGCCGGCGCGUCGUUAUGGAGACGGUGGACAAGUACGCAGGCGCCCUGCGCCGCACGUGCAUCGCCGCCUGCCCCAACAACGGGCGCGGACUGCUUGGCUUGCCCGGACCCCCAGGACCGCCGGGACUCCCCGGCAAACCGGGAGAGCAGGGCCUCGUGGGAUUCGAUGGGGAUGUUGGACUCCGGGGUUUGACCGGCGACGGGGGCCAGCCUGGCGAUCCUGGAGAGAGAGGUAAAUCGGGGAUCAAAGGAAUCAAAGGAGCGGCAGGCAUUGGGCUGCCUGGAUUGGAUGGCCUACAGGGUCCCGUCGGCGCGCCAGGAAUACCGGGCAUCGCGAAGGACGGCGUGCCUGGGAUGGAGGGCCCCAGGGGUUACCGGGGCCGACCGGGCCCCCCUGGCCAACCCGGCAUGCCCGGCGAGCUCGGCAAGUGCGAGGCGCGCGAUUGCGGGGCGCCGCCUUUCGGCCUACACGCCGCCAUCGGCCUCCUCAAAAGCCACAAGCGACAGUCUUAAGGCCCGCGCACAGGACUUCUUAGGCCACACCUCGUCAUCCGUCUGCCGUCCCCCCUCGCCCCACCAACCCCGCCCCUCCCCCCCUUUCCCCUGGUUCCGUGUUUUACCAAAAGGGCAGCACGGUCCUCGUCCCGCGCGCCUCCUUGAGAACGCGGUAGCUUCAGCUGCCCCUCCCAGGGCCAACGUUACACGCUUAACACGCGGGGCGGGCGGGGGGGGACUCGAGAGAAAGCGAGAGAACGUCUUCAAAUCCGGCUCUUUCGGUGGAGGCAGUUUCCAAGAGCUACUGCGGGUCGUGCGCGUGUUCCCGUGCGAGUUAAAGCGGCGUGCGGUCUUGCUUUAAUGUAACCGUGUGUGAGCGCGCACAUCGGGAAACCUGGCGUGUGCCUGAUUCGUGUGUUGUUGGCGAUUGCCUCCUUAACGGUCGAACUUUUUUAAAUAUUUUUUUUUUGUUUAAAGAGAACGCGUCGCCAACAAUGGGUACAAAUCCCGAGGGCGGUGCGAUGUUGCGUUGUGGGCCAUCUUGUCGAGGAGUUGAUCUGGCGCCUCCGGAGUUUAUUUUCUUAAUUAUUUUCGGUGUAAAAAAAAAUAAAAAAUGAAAAGUAAACAUUCCGGCGGAGCAGUGAGUUGGGUUGAUCGGAAUGCACACCUCUUUUUUCUUUAAAGCAAAUGUUCCUUCACGUGGUGCUAUUCUAUUAUAAAAUAUGCUGUGCCCAAUGUUCAUACAAGUGCAGUCCAUACUUCCCUUUAUGUGCCUUGGGACCUCCCAGAUGGCCUGUGAACGGUCUGAGCAAAUCGCCAGUUUUGGAAGUGCAUUUUUUUUAUUUUGCUUCUUUGAUUUUGGUCACUUUAAAAGUCGUAUUUUUUUAUUAUUAUAUUUGCUUGUCCACGCUGUGAAUAACCCGGUGGAUUCACUGUGCAAAGAACAGCAGAGUGAUGGUGUCCAGACAUUUGUUUUUAAUUCAAAUAGUGUGCAAUGGUGAAUAUAAAAUGUUUAUACGACGCUUAUUUUUUUAACCACCUGGGGAAAAAACUUGAGUGCAAAAAAAAUAAAACAUCUGUACAUUUUUUUUU